AGAUGGAGACGAUCGCAGCAGAAAUCGACGAGCUCCCGCCUGGCUUUGUCCCCGCAGGCUUCACGCCCGCCGCAAAGGCAUCGCCCCUACCGGGCUCGAACCCCAUGCCGACCCCACGCUCGAUGCCACCGCAUUCGCCCCGCGGCGUGCCCUCGCCCAUGGCAGGCGGGAUCCCCACACCCAUGUCGAUGCCACAGCCCGGGCAGCCACGUAUCUACGCAGACGGGCCCUACGGCAACGACGGCCCCUCCUACAUCGACGGUCCUGCAUAUGGCGAGGCGCCUGGCUACGCAGAAGGCCCCGCAGUCAUCCCGCCGCCUCUCGACGACGAGGCCAUCGACUCCGGCAUGGAGAGCGAUGACGGGACGCUCACUACGCCGCCGCAGAAGGCGCGCCCGCUCAACGGCUCGCGGAAGGGCACGCCGUCGGUCUCGGGCUCGCGCAGGGGGACCCCCUCGCGUGCGCCGUCGGUGGCGAGUACGGCGAGGCGGGCAGCGGGAGUGCCCUUACCGGGGUCGGGGAUGACGGCGGCUGGGGUGCCGUUGCCGCCGUCGGGGGUGACUGCCGCGGGCGUGCCUCUGCCCCCAUCUGGGAUGACGGCCGCGGGUGUGCCGCUGCCGCCUACGCCAGCGUCAACUGUGCGGACGACGAAGUCGAAGUCGCGCUACAGCAGCAGAGGAUAAGGUGCCAGCCUCUGCAUAUCGUCAGCUUGGAUAUCGAGAAUGCGUCUGACGCUGCAGGUUUCCCAACAUGAGUUGUUCAUGCGUUUCUUGGAUAGCGAUCUCAUCUGUAUCACGUACAUAGCAUAUUGUGGCAAAGCUUGAUGUUGAGGCAGGUCCUCGUGAUAAAGUCGCACUACACAACAUAGGAUUUUGGUUGACCUGGUC